AACCAUUGGAUGGGGGUGGGCCCCCUGAUAUUGGGGGCUCUCCCCCCAUCCAAUGGUCCCUGUUUUACAGUCCGGUGCAGUCCAGACUGUAAAACAGGUUCCCUCUACAGAAUAUAUGACAAAACAAGUUUGCUAGGAAAAAUGCUGGAACUUUUCUGCCCUCUUAAUUUGGGUCUAUAAUGCAUGGCUAUUUUUUGUGAAAAUUUUUCAGUUUUCUGUGCACACAUUGUGGAAUAUGUACUCAAACAUUUUAUGCGACAGCUAGACGUUAUUGGUAUUGAUGAAGCUCAAUUCUUUGAAGACCUUUAUGAUUUCUGUUGUGAAGCUGCUGAUCAUGAUGGCAAAACUGUGAUUGUUGCAGGCCUAGAUGGUGACUAUCUGAGAAGGAGCUUUGGUUCUGUGCUCGAUAUAAUUCGCCUGGCUGAUUCCGUGACAAAGUUAACUGCCCGAUGUGAACUCUGUGGGAAACGAGCAUCCUUUUUAUUAAGGAAGACUGAGGAGACACAAACAGAAUUGAUUGGCGGAGCUGAUGUCUACAUGCCUGUAUGUCGACAGCACUAUGUCAACGGACAAGUAGUCGUAGAAACUACAAGAAUUGUCUUGGAAUCUCAGAAAAUUCAGUGCAGCUCUCUUGCAUAAUUCAUAAAACCUUGUAACCGCAGCAGAACAUCUAGGUCUUCCUAUGACAUCUGGCUAAACGUAUUACAUUGUCUUAAGUGGUCUACAUGACAUGCUUAAGAUAAGAAUUUGAAUGUAAGUUGAAUUAGCUGAAUGCCAACUACCAAGUGCUGUGGUCUUGAUUAACUUUAA